CAGUGACUCCGAGGAUGAGGAGAUGGAAGUUGGAGUCCAGCUUCCUCAGGAACACAUCGAUGAAGACAUGAGCAUCGGCAAUGACCAGAUGGCUGAGCAGCCUGAGGAUCCUAUCCCUCCAAUGAUGGCCCAGGACAUCAGCAUGCAUGAAGCGGACGCUGGUACCGGGCCAGUACACGCCGAGGACCUACAAGAACACCACGAGGAAGAACCCUCAGACGAGGAGGAGGAGGAGGAGGAGGAAGAAGAAGACGACGAUGAUCCAGUCGUCAAGACUUACGACAUCUACACCACCGACCGCCUGAAUGAGCACCUCUACCUCUUCCAAUACCCCACCCGCCCUAACACCCGCCCUCUAACAACCUCCCGCAACUCCGAACCACUCUCCGCAAAGAUCAAGCCUCGUGCCGGCAUGAUCGAAGUCGACGUCCCCAUCGCUCUCGAAAAAUACUAUGACGAGGACCGUGGACGUGAGUUGGGACAAGCACUCGAGGAAGGACAGGGGUUCGAGAGUGGAGAGGGGAGGUUGUUGGACCGCCAGAUUUUCGGCGCACGGAUACAGAAUAACUGGGGAAACUAUAUGGUUGGUGUAUUACGAGGAGAAGAGCUACAUUUGAGUCCGGUGAAGAGUGUGGUACAGUUGAAACAGACGUACAACUAUGUCGACAAACUCGACACCCUCGCCAAAGCCCAAAAGAAGACCGAAGGACCUGCUGCUCCUACAGCUGGACCCCGAGCAGUAACGGUCACCGCAAAGGCCGCAAGCUCAGAAGGCCCACAAAUCGACUCUAACCUCGCCGCCAAACGGCUCGCGGAAGAAGACAGCUGGGUCCGUCUAAAAUGGCACGACGUCGCAGACCCGGAAUCAAUCAACGUCAGUGGGAACUUGGUACAACCUCCAGUUGCAGAGGGAGAGGACGGCCUGGGUAGGAAGCCGUUGAAGUGUGUGACGAGUGUUGGGGAGUAUUUGACGAUGUUGAGUGCGCCGAAGACGCAGGUGGAGGGGGAGUUGCAGAUGAACGCGAAGCCGGCCAGAAAGAUUUCUGCUCCAGUGAAGAAGGAGUAGGGUGGAUUCGUGACGAUAAGCAAAAGACGGACGAGUGAAGCUUGUCGACAUCAAGAAUGUGAAGGGAGAAGAACAGCCAUGGGAAGAGAUCUCGACGAGUAGAGGGAUCCGGAGAAGGAGGAGUGGGGAUG